GUGACAGCGGGGCGCAGUGUGUAGCUGGAGUUCACCAAGUGAACUCACACGCACGAGCUCCAGAAAGACCAAUGCUUUAACAGCGCGCACUCAGAAACACAUAGCGCCUUGCUCUGAAGUCAACCAGUAGAUCCGGGGGCCGGGCACACACACGCAGCCAUGGCGGGGGACGGGACCGACCAGCGGGCGCUGCAGUAUGAACAAACCCUGAUGUAUGGGCGCUACACCCAGGAGCUCGGGGUGUACGCCAAAGAGGAGGCUGCUCGGCUGAGGGAGAGCGGGCAGAGGCGAUCGGUCAGCGAUCGAAGCCGGUCGCUGGACCUGCUGGAGUACGACAAGGGACGCUGUGCCAAGUGUCGCAGGUCAGGGUACCCGUAUGUUCUGGAACCCCCAGCCCGGGACUUUAUCUCUGUCUGCACCGUUCGCUGUCAGAAGUUCCUGAUCUCGCGGGUCGGGGAGGACUGGAUCUUCCUCAUCCUGCUGGGACUCCUCAUGGCCCUGGUCAGCUGGGCGAUGGACUUCUGCAUCGCCAUCUGCCUGCAAGCACAGAAAUGGAUGUACGGUGGUCUGGACAGCAAUGUGUUCCUGCAGUAUCUGGCCUGGGUCACUUACCCUGUCGUCCUCAUCACCUUCUCUGCCGGUUUCACACAGAUCCUGGCCCCGCAGGCUGUCGGUUCAGGUAUUCCAGAAAUGAAGACCAUCCUGAGAGGAGUGGUGUUGAAGGAAUACCUCACCUUCAAAACCUUUGUGGCCAAAGUCAUCGGCCUCACCUGCGCUCUAGGCAGUGGCAUGCCGCUGGGCAAGGAGGGUCCGUUCGUACAUAUCGCCAGUCUGUGUGCUGCUUUGCUCAGCAAGUUCAUGUCUCUGUUUGGAGGAAUUUACGAGAAUGAGUCGAGGAACAUUGAGAUGCUGGCAGCAGCCUGCGCUGUAGGAGUGGGCUGCUGUUUUGCUGCCCCCAUUGGAGGAGUGUUGUUCAGUAUUGAAGUAACGUCCACAUUCUUUGCGGUGAGGAACUAUUGGAGAGGUUUCUUUGCUGCUACAUUCAGUGCCUUCAUCUUCAGAGUCUUGGCUGUUUGGAACAGAGACGAAGAGACCAUCACAGCCCUGUUUAAAACACGUUUCCGGCUGGACUUCCCGUUUGACCUCCAGGAGCUUCCUGCCUUUGCUGUCAUCGGUAUUGCCAGUGGUUUUGGUGGAGCACUGUUUGUGUACCUGAACCGACUUAUUGUCCAGUUUAUCCGGAAACAGAAGGCCAUCAACAGAUUCCUCAUGAAAAAACGACUGCUGUAUCCAGCACUGGUCACUUUACUUGUGUCCACAUUAACCUUUCCUCCUGGCUUUGGGCAGUUUAUGGCUGGAAAGCUCACGCAGAAGGAGUCUCUUGUGACUUUACUGGACAACCGGACCUGGGCCAAACAGGGCAUUGCUGAGGAGUUUGACUACAUUGGACACUCCGAAGCCUGGAUACACCCGCAAGUCAACGUCUUUGUCACCCUUGUCCUCUUCAUCGUCAUGAAGUUCUGGAUGUCUGCGCUAGCCACCACCAUCCCUGUGCCCUGUGGAGCCUUCAUGCCAGUGUUUGUCAUAGGGGCAGCUUUUGGUCGUCUGGUUGGAGAAAGUAUGGCAGCCUGGUUCCCAGAUGGCAUUCACUCAGAUGGCACCAUCUACCCCAUAGUGCCAGGAGGCUACGCUGUUGUGGGUGCGGCAGCCUUGUCAGGAGCAGUCACCCACACGGUAUCCACAGCGGUCAUCGUGUUCGAGCUGACUGGCCAGAUCUCCCAUAUCCUGCCGGUGAUGAUAGCGGUGAUCUUGGCCAACGCUGUGGCCCAAUCCCUGCAGCCUUCCCUCUAUGACUCCAUCAUCAGGAUCAAGAAGCUGCCUUACCUUCCAGAGCUGGGCUGGGGACACCACGAGAAGUAUAAUAUCCGUGUGGAGGACAUUAUGGUGCGGGAUGUUCGGUACAUCACACUCGCCUGCUGCUAUAGAGACCUCCACAACGUCCUGUUGAUCGGCCAACUCAAGACCCUGGCACUGGUGGAAUCAGCAGAGUCCAUGAUCCUGCUGGGCUCCAUCGAGCGCGCCCAGCUCCAGUCGCUGCUCUCCCAGCAGCUCGGUCGGGCCAGACGGCUCGAGUACAUCAGGGAGAGAGCUGCUGCGGAGAAGAAACGCCUGUCAGUCAUUUCAAACCCUGGCAGCGAGGAUGAAGGCCGACGAGUCAGUCAGGAGGUCCGCUUCCAGAUCUCUACUGAGGAAUCAUCCUUCAGUCCCACACGACCAAUACCUCAGAAGCCCCUCAAACCUGCUCUGAAGAGAGCGUCUGUGGUUGAGCGACCCACUGAGAUCCCAACCAAUUCACAGGAUAACUCGGGCAUUGCUUUGAAGAACCUGUUUUGUGCCAGUCCAGACACAGAGGCCCUGGAGAGAAACAACAACAUGGAGAGCCCCGCGUCUCCUGAGCUCAGGAAGAUGCCCAAACGAGUCAGGAUAUCUGUCGUGGAGCCACCACCCAGCCUAAAGAGUUUCUCUGGGGAUGAUGGAGAUUUGGAGGACGACAUGACCAUUAGAGAGAUUGCAGAGUGGGAGGAGCAGCAGCUUGAUGAGCAGGUCAACUUCAGCAACUGCAAAAUCGACCCUGCACCAUUCCAGCUGGUGGAGCGUACGUCGCUGCAUAAGACCCACACCAUCUUCUCGCUGCUGGGCCUCGACCACGCCUACGUCACCAGCAUUGGACGCCUCAUUGGGGUGGUUUCCCUCAAAGAGCUCCGCAAGGCCAUCGAGGGCUCAGUGACGGUGAAGGGUGUGAAGGUGCGUCCUCCUCUGGCCAGCUUCCGGGACAGUGGCACCAGCAGCAGCGAGAACGAGGCCACCGAGCUCCACAAGCUGUGGGACCGCCACAAGAGCAUGUCGCUGCCCCGUGAACACACCCCCUCUGAGUCCGACGAGAAAUCACAGUGAGGGAAAGUGGAGGAGGAGGAGGAGGAAGAAGAAGAAGAAGAAGAGCAGGUGGAGGAAGAGCAGGAGGAGUGAGGCAUUAAGGUCUUUUAAUCCCCCAAAGCCACAAACAUGCAAAAAAAGUAAAAAAUCCUCAGGGUUUAGGAUCAAUAUUUAAUUCUGGAAAGAGUUAGACUGCUGCGCCUGCCUUCUUAACUCCUCAUCUCCUCCCUCCUCUCCCCAUCUUCACCAACCACUCACUACUUUCUCCUAGACCCUUGCACUGACAAAGCCAGACACGCCACAGGAGGGUGGAAACCAACUCAGCCUCAGCCCUGAAUCCAUUCUCCUCUUGGGAACCUACAGCUGAGAGAAUUUGGAUUAGGAAGGCGGGGGGGCGGGGGGGGGGGGGGGGGGGGGGCGUGUUGGUCGAUUCCAACAAGGGACUGGGAUUGGGCUGAAAUCUUAAAAAGGGAUUAUUGUUUUUUAGCUUGUGUAUCUUAAGAGUUCAGAUCAAAGUCUGGAUCUGAAUGAGUGAUCCUCAGAAUGAGUCUUCCACUUGAGCCGAGAAAUUCAGCAAAGAUGACUAGGAAGAAAAAUGUGUGAGUGUGUGUUUGUGUGUGUGUACUGUAAGUGUGAGUGUGUGAGUUGUGAAACAGCUGAUCGUUCACGACGAGGUAGCAAACGACUAUUUCUUAUAUGAUUUUGUAAUUGCCUUUAGAAAACAUUUCAAUCGGCUUGAAUAAUUUAAUUUCUGACUGAUCAGGGGAUCUGGGUUUGAUGUCUUUGUAAAUCACACUGAAGUUUGAGCCACUGUUAAGCGUUGGACCGGUGUAGGGACAGAUGCCAUAGAUCUCUGUAUUUUCCAUUACUUCUGUUUUCCCUGAACUUGUCAUGUCUUCAGUAGUGUGUGUUAAUGGUGAAGUGGAGAGUACAGUCUAUGCAAGCAGAUGUGCCUGUUGGCAGCAGCCGAGGGACCGGCGACCCUUUUCAUAAUGCACGCACUGCUCUCCUGCUGCAGCUACAGCCUUGUUUCACAAAAGACGCAUAGAAAAGCACACAAACAUUACUGAGGGAGACUUUCCAAGAGGGGAGGUUUUCUGCUUAUCUAUAUAUAGCUCUUAAUAACCGUUCUAGAGAAGGUUGGGGGAGGACGGAGAGGGCAGGAAGCGGGGGAGGGAGGUAGGGAGGGAAGGGGAGGGAGCAAAUGGAAGGCUUAAAGAAUGAAGACAUCAUUGCCUAUCCAGCCACUCUGGUCCCGCUCAUCAAUCUGUCUUUGAUCGCCGGGUUAGCUAACCCCCAUCGCUAUUAGAGACGCCCCCUUCCCCACCAGCAGCAGUAUGAUGUAGGGCUGAGGUAGACUUCAGUGUCUGCAUGUGCAGCACGAGCUGACGAUACAAAAGCAGAGACCUCGUGAUUAAUGCUGACCGGUAGUCACAGUGAACUGAGGCAUGAUCCAUUUACAUUAAGAACUCUAAACGAAAUCCAUAACUGACCAAUAACACUCAGAAAUUAAGUCUGACCAUUUGGAACGCCCCAGUUGACCAAUGGGAGGCCCAGCUCAUUACUACAGACGAGCAGUACACUCCAGCGUCUGGCCCGGUGUGGAUGGCGGUUUAUUCCAGGAACUCCAUCUAUUAAUGUUUAGAUGGCAGCACGGUUUCUGAUUCAGCAAGUAUCCUGACAUGAUGGACGACGUAUGAGUACUGUGUAUUUAAAAAUUCAUGUCCAGCGUAAAGCUUGAUGCUCGUCAGCUCGACAGAAGCACAUUGAUUCGUUUUCCCUGUCCUCCAUCCCUUCACCCACUUCCAUGUUUUACUCUCAGCUACUGACCCCACACACUGUACCUUCUUUUAAAACACUCCGAUUUUCUUUGUAUUUCUUAUUUAAUGUUUCUUUUUGGACCAGGCAAUGAUGCCCUUUACUUUUCUCAGCUGCUGUUCAGCUGCCUUAAAUCCUCACUCAUGGCCAGCUUCACUGUUGUUUUCAGCACACGAGGCAUGGACUCUACCUUUGUCCUGUCCUGCUACAUGCCAGUGAAAUUAAAUUACAUACAGUUAGAUCAGCAUGGCUUUGCAUGUAAAGAUCAUGAUGAUCAAAAUGUACCAAAAACACAAGCUUGACAGACGAGUGAAUGAUGUUGUCUUACGUCUGCCAUCUUGUGUCUGCAUGUUAUAUAUCCUUACAGUGUUUUUUCUUUUUAUACCUAUAGCAUCUGAUUCUCUUUCUCUUUGAUUGGCAUCUUCCCAUCAUCCAAUGAGCGUUAUCCCUUGUCUCUGAAUUAAACUGUGGUUGGGGUCUGUGGGUAUACGUGAUACUUACAGAUUAAUAUAUUUAACAUCAUUCAUGUAAUAUAAAAUCAUAAUUUAAUGUCUUAACCAAUCUGAAAUUGUUGACUAUUCUCUUUUUGAAAGAGAUUUGGGGGUUUGUUAUAUGAUGUUUGUUGUAAUUUUUUUUCCACAUUUGAUGAUUUUUAAUGUUGGUUUUUAUGCUGUCCCUUUAUGUUGGUAUUUUUCUUGUUUUUCUUUUGACAUGCUGUCUGAAACAUUUCUGCUAAGACACUUAAGUGCAAAUAACACUAACAGGGUGAAGGCUCACAAUGGCUGCCUGAUGGGAAAAGCAAAAGAAAUGUAAUUGUGCCACAAACGGUGGUUGAAUGUGGAAGCGUGUGGUCUUUAAGCAACGUGUUCAUUUCACAAGUGCCUGCAUCGCCUCCUCCUCUUUAUCAGCAGGAGUAUGAAUCGGCACCCAAUCGUUUUGAACACACUUUCCAUACACAUCCCUACGAUGUGGAAUCAGGGAGGCUGAUGUGUCCGCGUGUGCAGUUGUCACCAUGGCAACCUGUUGUCGUCGUUUCACGCACCUCUGCCCCCCCCCCACCCAUCCCUGACCGAGAUCCACUCGUCUGAUUUGGUUCUGUUCAUUUGUUUGUGCUUCUCAUCGAUUGUCGUUGUUCUGCCUUCCCCUCCCUGCAAGGACAUUUCAGAAAGGUUAAUUUCAUUAGCUCCCAGACAGAUGUGGACCGAGGCAGAUAUAUAUAUUUAUUAGUCUGUAUUAAUCAUACGUAGAAAUUGUUGUUUUUCAUGCUUUUUAUAAAUGAUUGAUUUUGUUGGUAAUCAAAUUGUGCAAUAACGGCUGUUCAUCUCACUUUGUAACCCAGUUUUGAUUCAUGACGUGAAUGCAAGAUAACCUUAUUUUUUUAAAGAAACCUGAAAAGUGUAAAAAGAUGUAUGUACAGUAAACAAGGCGGACUGACGCUCAGACGGGAGCUCCUGUGUGAUAAAGCGAUGCUUGCUUUCAAGGGAAGGUUUCCCAGAAUCCUCAGUAAAAGCUGUCACAAUGUCACUAAUCAGCUUUAAAAUAUAAAAGACACUGUUUCCUCCUUUAGGUGCUAAGUUUCAUUUUGAGAAAUGGCUUUGACUCCUCAGUUUGGCUUCUGGGAAACCUUCACCGUCUGGUGAAUCUGCUGCAUGGACUGUAGCUGGCGCUCUCGUACAAGAACCACUAAAGCACUGAUGGCGAUUCAGUUUGAUCUCGCUCCCCUCUGCCCUCUGCUUCAGUCUGAGGGAUUUUGAUAAGACCUGAUCCUCACAUCAGCUGUUGAAGGUUAUCUGCUCCUUAGGACUCUUAUAGGGACUGUGCAUUGUGCAUAUUGGAGGCCUCCACUACGGCAAACCCAGAGGGUCAAACCAGACAGAGCUGAACAAAAUCCAGAGCUAUUUUUCACACAGAAAAAAUGAAACAUUGUUUUGUAUAUCAGGGAUGAAUAAAUGAGAUUUUAACG